AUGGCCAUCCACCCGGCUCUAUCAGGAGGUCCCUUGGUACAAGCUCGAAACUUUUCCGUAAUGACGGGUGUCAAUGCCGGCAUAUCUUGUGUUAUGAAAAGAUUGAGAUGGAAGGAGGACGUGCAAUUUAGGAUAUUUCUACUAGUCAUAAUCAGAGUACAGCACACCAACAUACACACUAGAAGUGUUUUUUAUCCUAUAUCUGUCCUCGAAACUUGGCCUGCAGAAAUGCAGUUUCCUCAACCACCUGUUGAGGAUGUGAAUUAUUCCAGAACGAAAUCCAUGUUAAACAGUCUCGGCCUGCAGAACUACGAGAAGAAUUUCAAAAAAGGCUUGUCAAGGCAUACCACAUUGCCUUUGCUCAUUGACAGUGCUCUUAGAGAUGUGAAAAUACCCCCUGGACCCAGGCUCCUUAUUCUCGACCAUAUUCAGAGGGACCCAACAUUAAGAGAGAAGCAAGGGUGCCGUGGGUGAAGUUUUGUCAUCGAGACCCUUCACAUCGAAGGGCAAUUUCAGGUUUAUCUGAAUCCCAAGAAGCGAGCUGAGAAGUAG